AUGGCUGCAGAAGACGAGCAGCACGCGUCGAACGCGCAUCCAGGGUCUGAGCCUGUGGAUGCGCAUGCGGCUAGCAGCGACCGCGGCGCAUCCACGGAAAACAACACGCGUCGCGAGGCGCUUCCCGGCGCUGAGCUGAUUGAUUUUGGCGACCAGAGCGCCGCGCCUGCCGCACACGGCGAGCCGAGCCAUUCGUUGCUUCAGGAGCUGACCGAGCCGACUGAGGCGCCCAAAGAAGCGCCGUACCCGAUGGUAUCUGCCGACGAGGAGGAAAGGGACGCCGAGAAGCUCGCGGCAGAAAUGGCGCACGCGUCGGCGGACGACACACACGCACAUGCGGACACCGCGAAAGAGGCGCCUCUGCAGAGCGAUGCUGCGCCCAAGUCCGAACCGAGCGCGCCCGAGGAGCAAGGCGCGCCGCACGAGCACGACGCGGCCCAACAAACACCCAAAGCGGCCGCGCCGGGCGACGCGCCGACCGCCGCCGCCGCCGAGGCACAGGUCGAGGCGGAAGCGACAUCGGUCGCCCAGGCCACCGAGCUCGGCCUCACGGCAGAGCCGGACGCCAGCCGCCAGGAGCAGGCCAGGGACGUGCGCGAGCUCGAAGCGCAGCCUGCACAGGAACUCGGCGGGACGCUGCCGGUGCACGAAUCGCACACGCCUAUGCUGGACGUGCACCCGGAGGCGACGGAGCAUCCUGCGCCGUCGUCGCUUUACCCGUCCGUGACGCCAGAGCAGGAAGAGGAGGAUGCAGAGAAGCUCGCAAACGAGGAGCACGACACCGCAAAGGAUGUGCCCGAGGGCGACGAUGCGCCCACGUCUGAAUACCCCGCGGCUGUGCACCAAGAUGCGCCGGCGGAGGACAGCAAGACUGUCGAGCCGUCCGCGACCGAGCCUGCGGAUGCGCCGGUCGACAGCAACGACCCUGCCGAGCCUGCUGCGCCGACCGAUGAGCCUGCCGAGCGCUCCGACGCGCCUACCGAGCCGACCGAUGCGCCUACCGAGCGUGCCGACGCACCUACCGAGCCGACCGAUGAGCCUGCCGAGCGCACCGACGCGCCUGCCGAGCCUACCGAUGCGCCUGCCGAGCGUGCCGACGCACCUCUGCACGAGCAGAGCACGGCGCCUGUCGACGUCCCCAACGGCGCCGAGCCCGUUUCGGGCAACCGCAUGCGCCCGAGCGUGCACACCGCGUCGGUCCUCCCCGUGCCAGACAGCGAUCCCUCUCCCGCACGCUCGCCGAUCCACAGCGCGUCGAGUGCGAGCAGCCUUUCGCGUGGCAGUGCCGUCUUUGUCGUCUCGGCGCUAGAGACGAUCGCCAACUCCAAAGAGGCAAAGCGAUCCAAGGACCUCAAAGAGAGCGCCACGACCGCGCUCGACAUGGUGCGCCGUGCGGCGGCGCCCGAGGCCAGUGAGCCGUCGAUCCUCGAUCCCCGUGUCGUGUUUGAGCCGCUGCGGCUUGCGUGCAAGACGCACACCAUUGCGCUGCAGACGACGAGUCUCGACUGCAUCGCGAAGCUCGUCAGCUAUGCGUUCUUUGCCGAGGACGAAGGCUCGACGACCGAGGAGCCGCCGCUGGCGGACCUCGUCGUGGACACCGUGUGCGACUGCUUCGAAGACCAGCUCGACGAGCGUGUGUCUGUGCAGAUUGUCAAGGCCCUGCUUGCCUGUGUCCUGUCGACGAGCAUCCGCGUGCACCAGUCGAGCCUGCUGCGUGCCGUGCGCACCGUGUACAAUGUCUUUUUGGUCUCGCGCACGCCCGCGACGCAGGCGAUCGCCCAAGGCAGUCUGUCCCAGAUGAUCUCGUAUGUCUUUAGCCGCGUGCCCCGCAAAGGCAAGGCGGCUGCACCGGAAGAGGAGAAGGAGAGCGGCGAGCGCGUCACGCUGCAAGAGAUGGAGAGCCGCAACUCGUUCGAAGGCACGGAGCGCGACGACGUGGUUAUCGCGCCUGCCGCGAUGGAUGCGCCGGACCUGCUCGUCAAGGAUGCCUUCCUCGUGCUGCGUGCGCUGUGCAAGUUGAGCAUGAAAACGCUCGGCACCGAAAGCGAGCGCGACAUGCGCUCGCAGUCGAUGCGGUCAAAGCUCCUGUCGCUGCACAUGAUCCACAAUAUCCUGCAGAUGCACAUGGACGUCUUCACCGACGCCAGCGUGCAGAUCCUCUCGUCGAGCAGCGGCGAGCAGUCGUCGUUUGUGCAGGCCGCCAAGCAGUACCUGUGCCUGAGCCUGAGCCGGAACGCGGUCAGCAGCGUCAUCCAGGUGUUUGAGAUCUCGUGCGAGAUCUUUUGGCUCCUGCUCCACGGAAUGCGCACCAAGGUCAAGAAGGAGAUCGAGGUGCUCUUUAACGAGAUCUUUUUGCCGAUCCUCGAGAUGCGCAGCAGCACCGCCGCGCAAAAGUCGGUGCUGCUCGGCGUGGUGAACCGGCUGUGCCGCGAUCCCCAGGCGCUGGUCGAGAUCUAUCUCAACUACGACUGCGACCGCAGCGCGCUGGAAAACGUGUACGAGCGCCUGAUGAAUGUCAUCUCGCGCCUCGCACAGACCCCGUCGACGGCCGUCUCGGGGAACACCGCGGACCCUGUUGCAGAGGCGCGCAGCGCCACGCCGCUCCACCGCAUGCCGUCCACGGGUGCGGUGCCGAAGGACGAGGCGAUCGACGCGGAAACGAGUGGCAUACCGCUCGAGCUGCGCCUCAAGCGCCAGAGCCUCGAGUGCCUGUGCAGCGUGCUGCACUCGCUUGUCGAGUGGUCCGGCCGCAGCUUUGAAGAAGAGGGCACGCAGAGCGACGACAUCAAGGUCGAGCACGACGAAGAGGUCGAGGCGCUUGCCGCGCAGGACGACGAUCCCGGCCGCUUUGAGAAUGCCAAGCAGCGCAAGACGACGCUCCUCGAGGCGAUCCGCACGUUUAACUACAAGCCGAAGCGCGGCAUCGACCGUUUGAUCGAGCACGGCUUCAUCCGCAGCCGCGACCCCCAGGCGAUUGCGCGCUUCCUCUUUUACGCCGACGGGCUGAGCAAGGCGAACAUCGGCGAGUACCUCGGCGAGGGCGAGCCGGAGAACAUUGCAAUCAUGCACGCGUUUGUCGACCUGAUGAACUUUGACCAGCUGCCGUUUACCACGGCACUGCGUCGCUUCCUGCAGGCCUUCCGUCUGCCAGGCGAGGCGCAAAAGAUCGAUCGCUACAUGCUCAAGUUUGCGGAGCGGUACAUUGCGGGCAACAAGGGCGCGUUUGCGAAUGCCGACACCGCGUACAUCCUCGCGUACUCGGUCAUCAUGCUCAACACCGACGCACACAACCCCCAGGUGAAGCACCGCAUGACGCUAGCCGACUUUAUCAAGAACAAUGCGGGGAUUGACGACGGCGCGAACCUGCCGGAAGACUUUUUGCGCUCGAUCUAUGAAGAGAUCCAGAAGCACGAGAUCAAGAUGAAGGACGAGGCGCCGCCUGCGCCGAAUGUGCCCCAAGGCACCGGCUUUGCGACGGCGAUCGCGACCGUCGGCCGCGACUUGCAGCACGAGCAGUACGUGCUGCAGUCCGAGGGCAUGGCGAACCGCACCGAGGUGCUCUUCCGCACGAUGCUUACGGCCCAGCGUCGUGCAGGCUCGCAGCAGCGCGCGAUGGCCGACCAGUUCUUCUCGGCGUCGCACAUGGAGCACGUCAAGCCGAUGUUUGAGGUGGCGUGGAUGUCCUUCCUUGCCGGCAUCAGCACGCCGCUCCAGGACAGCACGGAUCCCGACACGAUCCGCCAGGUGCUCGGCGGAUUCCGCGACGCGAUCAAGAUCGUGUGCUUCUUUGGCCUGGAACUCGAGCGGAACGCGUUUGUGACGACGCUCGCCAAAUUCACCUUCCUGAACAACUUUGGCGAGAUGCGCGGCAAGAAUGUCGAGACGAUCAAGGCCCUGCUCGGCAUUGCGCACACCGAGGGCAACUACCUGCGUGGCUCCUGGCGCGAGGUGCUUACCUGUGUGAGCCAGCUCGAGCGCUUCCAGUUGAUCAGCGGCGGCGUCGACCAGCGCAUGCUCCCCGAGCUCGGACGGCGCCACAGUGGGGCCGGCAACGCGCCGCGGGGCAGCGUCCACCUGCCGACCAACGAGGUGGUGCAGGCGGGCGCCUCGUCCGAGAUCACCGUCGCGGCGGACCGCGUGUUCUCCUCGACGCCGAAUCUGAGCGGUGAGGCGAUUGUCGACUUUGUGCAGUCGCUGUGCGACCUGAGCUGGGAAGAGAUCCAGUCGUCGGGCAUGUCGGACAACCCCCGCCUCUUUUCGCUGCAGAAGCUGGUCGAGAUCAGCUACUAUAACAUGUCGCGUAUCCGUAUGGAGUGGUCGCGCCUGUGGCAGAUCCUCGGCGAGCACUUUAACCAGGUGUGCUGCCACCCCAACCCCGCGGUGAGCGCGUUUGGCCUGGACUCGUUGCGCCAACUCGCGAUGAAGUUCCUCGAGAAAGACGAGCUGCACCACUUCAAGUUCCAAAAAGACUUUUUGAAGCCGUUUGAGUACGCCAUGCGCCGCAACCCCGACCUCGGGGCGAAGGAGAUGGUGCUGCAGUGCCUUGAGCAGAUGAUCCAGAGCCGCUCAGACCACAUCCGCUCGGGUUGGGCGACGAUGUUUGGCGUGUUUGGCGUUGCGGCCGGCGCGCCGGAGCGCGUCGCGGUGUACGCCUUCGAGCUCGUGAAGCGCGUACACAGCGAGCGCUUCGAAGCCAUCCUCGCGAACAGCUCGUUCGGCGACGUGUGUGUGUGCAUGGCGCACUUUGGCAAGGUCGGCAGCCAAAAGAUCUCGCUGCCGGCCACCGACCUGCUCCGCACGAUGGUCCCUGCGAUGCUCGAGCGCAGUGCGUCGGUGCAAGACGCGGACGCGUCGACGGCCUCUGCCGCCGCCGUUCCCCCGUCGGAUCUGUGGCUCCCUGUGCUCUUUGCGCUGUACGACAUCCUAAUGACCGGCGACGACCUCGAGGUGCGCCGUGUCGCGCUCGAUGCGCUCUUUGGCCUGCUCAAGGAGCACGGUGCAGAGUUUACGCCCACGUUCUGGGACACGGUGUGCCAGGACGUGCUCUUCCCCAUAUUCAACGUGCUGCGCAACCGCUCGGACGUGACGCGUUUCUCGUCGCAGGAGGAUAUGAGCGUGUGGCUCUCGACGACCAUGAUCCAGGCGCUGCGGCACCUCGUCGAGCUGUGGACGUACUACUUUGACACGCUGCAGCGCCGCCUCGCCGGCCUGCUCGAGCUGCUCUGUGCGUGCAUCUGCCAGGAGAACGACACGCUGGCGCGGAUCGGCACGACGUGCCUGCGCGAGCUCAUCGUGCAGAACGUCGACCGCCUCGACGACGGGCUCUGGCAGCUCGUGACGGACGCGUUCCUGCGUCUGUUCCGUGCGACGACCGCCGCGCAAGUCUUUGACCCGAUGCUCUCCUCACCGGACCCCGCGAUGGGCGGCACGGAGCGGCGGCACGCCUUUAAGCAGAUCAUCGUCAAGUGUGUCUUGCAGCUGCUGCUGAUCGAGACGACGAAUGCGCUGCUGCAAGAGACGACGGUCUACGCCGCGAUUCCCGCCGAGCAGCUCCUGCGCCUGACGCAGGCGCUCGAGGACUCGUACCGCUUCUCGCGCCGCUUCAAUGCGGACCGCGCGCUGCGCACCGCCCUGUGGAAGGUCGGCUUUAUGAAGCAGUUGCCGAAUCUGCUCAAGCAGGAGAGCACGUCUGCCUCGACCCUUGUGCACGUCUAUCUGCAGAUGCAGAGCGAUGCCGGCCGCCACGACGCGCACCAGCAAGUCAGCGAGCGUUUCCUGCCGCUGGCCGAGGAGAUCAUCAGUGUCUAUCUCCCCCUGGACAACGAGACGCAGGCGCGCAACAUUGCCGCCUGGACGCCGGUCGUGGCCCAGGUCGUGGACGGUCUCGCGGCACUGUACGACAUGCCAAACGCCGAGGCGACGCAGGAGCAAUGCACGCGCACCUUUUACCUGCUUGCCGUCGAGCUCCUCGACAAGGUCGGCCUCGCGCCUGCGCUGGCCGUGCCGCUGCGGCGCUACCUGACGGCCGUCGGCCUGGCCCAUCGCCUUGUGGACCUCUCGGCGGCGACCGAGCGGCAGCGCAAGCGCGACGAGGCGCAUGCGCAGCUGCUGCGCGCGACGCCCUCUACGGCGAGCCUCAAAGGCGAGCUGUACCAAGAGGCGGGCAACGCCUCGGUGGAUAUUCUGCCUCGUGCGCUGCGCAGCGAGGUGGAAGAGACGGGAUCGCCCGCGGCGCGCUUGCCAUAG